GAGUGUUAGUCGCCUCCGAAGCCCAGAAGUAUACCCAGGGUAGAUACGUGGAGAUACUACCCCGUAGUCCUGCUCAUGCGUCGGGAGGAGAUCACUCCGGCAUCAAGAAUUCAGCGGAAUGCCGUUGAGGUUCACAGCAGUGUGCUGUGGAUCGACAUGAAAUACAUGGGGCCGCAAGCGGUGCGCCCGUGCAUUCUGUUCCCCGACUGCGACAAUGGCGAUCAAGUCGGAGUCUGUUGAGGACCUUGCUAUUUCGAACCUCUUGACCUACCUGCUUCAUUGGGCACUGCAGGGCGUGCUCGCAGUACAAGUCUACUUUUACCACGUCCACUUCCCUAAUGAUCGCCUGCAACUGAAGUGUCUAGUAUAUGGCGUGUUCAUCUUCGAGUGGGUCAACUUCGGACUGUUCACGGAAGACGCCUUCAUUACAUUCGUAUACAACGCAAGCAAUAAUAUCGAAGCCUACUACCUUGUCGGCAACGAAUGGUUUGCCGUGCCUAUCAUUGGCACGCUCGGCUCUGCCGUGGUGCAAUGUUUCUUCGCGUGGCGCAUCUACAUGCUCUCGAGACUCUGGGUUUUGGUUGGUGCGAUCAUCUCGCUAUGUAUGGUCCAAAUCGUAGCGGGAAUCCUGACGGCAUUGAAGUUGAGAGAAGCGCAUUCGAUCGGCGAGGUUGUCUCAUCGACGUCCGGAUUGGUUGCCCUCAUCGUCCUUGGAGCAAGCACCGCUUUACUUGAUAUCAUCAGUGCUCUUUCGAUGAUAAUACUGUUGCUCAGACAGAAGACGGGUACGAGGCGGUCAACUCAGCUAAUUAACAAGGUCGUAUUCUUGACGCUAGAGACCGGAGGCUUGACAGCGAGUGUCGCUGUUGCGGGGAUCGUAUUGGCUUCGGUGUUUCCUGACCAAACAUAUUACGCACCCGCCGUAUACAAUCAAUCCAAGCUGUAUGCUAUCACGCUCCUUACGCACCUCCUCAACCGUGUCCAUCUCCGUCAAAUACCGAGCUUCGACGUCGAAGACAUUUCAAUCCCUUUAUCCUUCGCACAGGAAACAGUCACGGACAACGUCGAGCCAUCCGCGGAGGAGGUCAAGCCUGCGGCCACGGGGAUCUUUGUAGCAUGACAUUGUUUGUCGGGUCUGAUGUUCGAAGGACUUAUAUCAGGAUGUUCCUGCGGCACUGGAACAUCCCAAUGUAUGGCACAUAUAACGGAUGUGGAAUGUGCACUCGCCGGCACGAUUUAUCGACGGCAAAGGUCUGCCGACACUCGCGUGUCUUCUGCGUGUUGUCUUUCAGGAUCGCGUAUUGUCGACGCCGAGUGGUGGUUCCAGUCUGUGCUACUGGUGACUGGACCUCUCGGUCGCAUUGGUUUCCGGUUGACUCCGAUCAAGAUCAAGGCUGUUUGCUCUCCGUAGCUUGAGCCUUGAGAAUCCGGGACCCGGGUAUGGCUCUGUGGUGUCCAUAUCUUAUCCAAUACAGUACUUGACUAAGGCAACUUUCUCCGGGC